AUGAAAUAGCAAACAAUCUCUGGAAACGAUGUAAAUGAAAGUUACACUUAAGGUAAUUAAUGAAAAUCUCAACUUAGGUUUAAACUUAAUGAAAUAGAAAAAAUAUUAAGAAGCUAUUUAAAUCUUUGAGAAAGUUUUAAGGAUUGAUUCAAAUCAUUUCUAAUCUUUGUAUGAAAAAGGUAAGAAAGAAUAUAUUAUAAGGUGAAUGCUUAAAAUUGCUAGAAAAAUACUCAGCCGCUAUUGAUUGUUUCCAAAAGGCAUUGAAGAUUGAACCAAAAAAUGUAGACUUAAUACUCAAACUAAGUAUUCUUAAAAUCUUGCUUUUAGGUUUAUGCUUAAUGAAGAUGGAAAAAUACUCAGAUGCAUAAUAUAAUUUAGAUAUAGCAUUAAGAUAUGAUUCUAAUAAUAUUGAUCUUGUGUUCAAUAAAAGUAUUAAAUUUAUUUUACUUAGGUUUAUGUUUAAAGAUGAUGUAAAGAUUUGAUACUGCUUUUUAUUAUUUGGAUAAAGCAAUUUAAAUUGAUAAGAAAAAUACAUCACUAUUGCUUAAUAAGAGUAUUUGUUUUGUGAUUUUAGGCUUAUGGUUAUAAGAACUCAAAAAAUAUGAUGAAGCAUGUCAACCGUUAGAUUAAGCCUUAUAAUAUGAGCCUAAGAAUAUUGAAAUAUUAUUGAAUAAAAGUAUCAAAUAAAUUAUAGUUAAGGCAUUUGCUUAAGAAUGAUGAAAAAAUAUGCUUAGGCUUUGGAACUCUUAGACAAAGCACUUUAAUUGGAACCAGAAAAUGUGAACCUGAUACUAAACAAAUGUUGUUAAUAUAUCAUUUUUAGGUAUCUGUUUACUAGCCUUUAAUAAAUAUGAUCAAGCUUCUACAGUAUUGGAUAAAGCAUUAUAAUAGGAACCUCAAAAUUUUGAUAUUUUAUUAUAGAAAGGUACUUGAGAUUUCUAUUUUUUAGGGUAGUGUCUAAAGAUUUUAAAUAAAUUUGAUGAUGCAUUAUAGUAUUUAGAUAGAGCACUUAAAAUUUAACCAAAAAAUUUAGAAGUAUUGUUAAAUAAAGGUUUACAUUUAUUAAUAUUUAGGCAUUUGUUUACAAAUGAAUAAAAAAUAUGAUCAAGCUUCUUAAGUAUUCGAUAAAGCUUUAGAAAUUGAUAAUUAAAAUGUAGAAUUAUUACAGAAUAAAGGUUUAAAUUUAAUAGAUUUAUAGGGAAUUGUUUACAAUAACUCAAAAAGUAUUCAGAGGCUUUGAAAUAUUUAAAUAAAGCCAUUAAUUUCGAACCAAAAAAUGUUGAAAUAUUGAUCAAUAAAAGUUUUUAUAUCUAUUAAUUUAGGUGAAUGCUUAAUGAUGAUGAAGGAUUAUUAAUAGGCUUGCUAAUCAAUUACUUUGGCAUAAAAAAUAGAUUCCAAAAAUAUUAAAGUACUAUUAAUAAAAAGUAAAUUCAUAUCAUAUUUUAAGGUAAAUGCUUAAGAAAGUUAAAUGAAUUGAAAGAAGCGCUUGAAUAUCUAGAUCUAGUUUUAUCUAUUGAACCUAAAAAUUUUGAGGCUUAAAUAAAUAAAUGUACUUUCUUGUCAUAUUUUAAGGCUUAUGUUUAAAAUUAUAACGAUAAUAUCCUUAAGCAUUAUAAUAAAUAGAAAAGGCUUUAAUUAUUGAACCUAAAAAUUUUGACCUUCUUAAGGACAAGGGUAAAGGAAGUACUUAUUUUUAUAGGCAUUUGCUUAACAUAUAUGGAAAAAUAUCAGGAGGCUUUAUAAUAGUUUCAAUAAGUAGAGAAAAUUUAACCAGACAAUGUUGAAAUAUUGCUGAAUAAAGGUAGGAAAUAUAAUAAUACGAGGUAUUUGUCUAUUAUAAAUAAAUUAAUAUGAUCAGGCAUUGAUUUAGUUUAAUCAUGCAUUAAAAUUUGAUUCAAAAAAUAUUGACUUGUUGAUAAAUAACAGUAAAGCAAUUUUAAAAUUUAAGGCAUUUGCUUAUAUAAAAAAAAGGAAUAUAGUUUAGCACUUUAAUGUGUUGAAAAAGGUUUUAAGAUUGAACCAAAAAAUAUCACAAUUUUGAAAAUUAAAAGUGAUUGUUUAAUUGAAUUGAAAGAAUAUAAUAGAGCAUGUGAUUCUUUAGAUUUGUUGUUAGCAAUAGAACCAAAAAAUAUUGAAAUUUUGUUAAAAAAAUGUAAUUAUCGAACUUAAAAUAAAGUUAAUGCUCUAAAAAUAAUUGAAAAGUAUGAUGAAACUAUUAAAAUUUUGGAUAGAAUAUUAAGUAUUGAUAAUCAACAUUAAUUUUGUAUUUUGUAAAAAGGUACUUUACAAAUUAAGUUUAUAGGAUUUUGUCUAAAAUUAAAUAACAAUUAUGAAAUGGCUAUCUAAUGGUUUGAUAAAGCUUUGAGAUUUGAUUCUAGAAAUCUUGAUGUGAUUGAUGCAAAAGGUAAUUAAGGGUUAUUAUUUAACAAUAGGAUAAUGUUUAUUUAUGUUGAAUAAAUUUGAUGAAGCCAUUUAAUGUAUGGAUUUGGCAUUAUAAAUUAAUCCUAAACAUGUUCAAUCUUUAGCUAUUAAGGGUAUAAACUUAAUUAAUUAGGUGAAUGUCUAAUAUCAAAGAAAUUAUAUGAUAAGGCACUCUCCAUAUUAGAAUCAGCUUUGCAAAUAGAUGCUAAUGAUGUUUGUACCUUGUCUUUAAAAGGUAUUUGUAAAAAUUAGAAAUAGGAAAAUGCUUAUUAAUGAUGUAGAAUUAUCAAUAAGCUAUUUAAUACUUUGAUAAAGCACUAAAAUUUGAUAAAAAUCAUUUCAAUACUUUAUAAUUAAAAAGUAUUAUUAUACUAGAUAAUUCUUAGGCAAAUGCUUAUUAUUAAUUGAAUAAUUCGAUAAUGCUAUAAUAUAUGCAGAUCUGGCUCUAAAGAUAAAACCUUAAAAUUUUGAUUGCUUAUUUAUUAAAGGUUUAAUAAUAAUUAAGGAUAGGGGAGUGUUUAAAACGUAUUGGAAAAUACUAAGAGGCUAUUAAAUACUUAUAAAUAGCUAUAUCUAUUUAACCAAAUCAUUUUCUUUGCAUUUAUUUUAAAGGUAUUAUUAAAAAUUAAUAAGGUGAAUGUUUACAAUAAAUUGGCUCUUAUUAGGAGGCAAUAAGAUCUUUUUAAUAAGCAUUGUAAAUUAAUUAGAAUCAUAUAUAAUGUUUAAGAAACCUAGGUUUUAAAAUAUUUCUUAUUCUAUUAGGGUAGUGCUUAUUUUAACAAGGUUAGUACUAAGAAGCAUUUAAAUAAUUAGAAAAAGCAUUGCGAUUAGAUCCUAAUGAUUUUAAUUCAUUAUAUUUACAAGGUAAUAUUAUUAAGGAAUUUAAAUUAUAAUAGGCUAAUGCUUAAAACACUUAGAAUAAUGUUCAUUAGCGAUUUAAUAUUUUGAGAAAGCCUUAAUUCUUAAACCAUUAGAUAUCAAUUGUCUAAAUUCAAUAGGUAUAUUUAUUUAAAAGAAAAAGGUGGUUGCUUAAUGGUUAUGGAACAAUAUGAUUAAGCUAUUGAGAUAAUAAAUAAGGUUUUAAAUCUAAAACCAAACAGUGUUGAUGCAUUAAUUAUGAAAGGAGAGUAUUUACAAAUAAAAUGCAAUUACAAAGAAGCUAUUGUGAACUACAAAGCAGCAGUAUAAAUAAAUGGAAAAAUAUAUAAUGCUUUAUUUAAAUUAGGUAGUAAAGGAUUUAUAGUAUUAGGUAUUUGCUUAAAAUUGAUAAAAAAUUAUUCUGAAGCCAUUAUUUAUUUAGAAAAAAGUAUUCAAAUUGAUCCAAAAAAUCUAUAUUCAUUAUAUGAAAAAAGUAAAACAAUUAAUAAUUUAAGGUGAGUGUUUAAGACUUCUUGGAUAAUAUUCUGAAGCUGUUUAGUGUUUAUAACGCGUCUUUGAUAUUAAUCCAAAUCAUAUUGAAUCCCUUAUUUCUAAAUGUAAAUUUUUAUAUAUAAAAUAUAAAAGGUGAUUGCUUAAAAGGUUUAAAAGAAUUUGAUAUUGCAGUAAGGCUUAUAAGUAAAGUUAUAAAAAGGAUCCCGUUUAAUAUCAAUCUUCUAUUCUUAAGAGGUUUAUAAAUUCUAUUACAAUUAGCUGAGUGUUUAAAAUAGUUGGGCAGAUAUGAAAAUGCUAUUUAAGAUUUGAAUAAAAUUCUAACUGUUGAUCCUUUACAUUUAUUAUCAAUAAUUUUAAAAGGUAAAACAUGUUAUAAUAUAAAGGUGGUUGUUUAUCCUUAAUGGGAUAAUAUUAAGAGUCAAUCUUUUGGUUAGAUAAAGCUUUAAGUUUGGAUUAAAAUAAUGUUGAAGCUUUAGCAACAAAAGGUAAAUUUAGUUUCAAAAAGUAUAGGAAUGUCUUUAACUAUGAUGGGAAGGUAUACGGAAGCUAUAGAAUGGCUUGAUAAAGUAUUGGCUAUAGACCCUUAACAUUUAUAUUCUUUAUCGUGUAAAGGUAUUGAAUAUUUGUAUCAAAGGUGGUUGCUUAGUAAAUAUGAAUUUACCUUUGGAGGCUAUCAUAUAUUUCAAUCUAGCUCUAUAAGUGGAUUAACAUCAUUUAUAUUCUCUAUCUUCAAAAAGUAAUUAUUGAUAUCAUAUUGAUUAGGUAUGUGUUUAAUCAUGAUGGGAUAAUAUCAUUAAGCAAUUGAAUGGCUAAAUAAAGUUUUGAAUAUCGAUCCAAACCAUUUUUAUUCCUUAUCUAGUUUAGGUUACAAUAUUAUAUUUAUUCAAAGGAGGAUGCUUAUUAAUGUUGAACUAAUUUUAAGAAGCUAAUAUGUGGUUUAAUAAAGCAUUGUCUAUAAACUCUUUAGAUGUGUAUUGCUUAUCUUAAAAAGGUAAAUAUCAAUAUUCUAUUUAAUAAUUAGCCUGUUGUCUAUCUAUGAUAGGUCAAUAUUAAUUGGCUAUUAAAUUAUUUAAUAAAGCUCUAUCUAUCAAUAAUAAACAUGUUUAUUCGUUGUCUGCAAAGGGUAAACACAAUAAUAAUUUUAGCUCAUUGUUUAAAUCUUAUUGGUGA